AUGAGGAACAAGCUGAACGCGGAUCAGAGCGGUCGGCAUGCAGCAGCAGGAGCAGACAGCCUGAACAAGAGGAACCUGGAGGUCGGCAGCGAGUGGACCACGGCUCGCCGAGUCCUGGCAGCGACUCUGGAAAGAAGAAAGCCGCAACCUGCACGCAGAAAGAGAACCUGCCGGAUGUUCCUCACCGUGUACCUCAGCAACAACGACCAGCACUUCAACGAGGUCCCCAUCACGCCGGAGACGCUGUGCAGGGACGUGGUGGAGCUCUGCAAGGAGCCCGGGGAGGGCGAGUGCUACCUGGCCGAGAUGUGGAGGGGCUCCGAACACAUCGUUGGAGAUGGGGAGCGGAUGUUCGAGGUUUUGCAGAAAUGCGGGCAGCAGAGGGGGGAGGUCCGUUACCUCCUGCGUCACCAAAGAGCUCCAGGACGAGAGUCAGGUGAUAUGAGGCUGGAGGACAGCGGGUAG